AUGGAAAUUGGAGGAAUAGGGUGCAGUGAAGUGGCGCGCGCCAGGGGCCCAAGGGGACUGUCAGUGGGGUCGCAGCCGCCGCAAAAAGUGACACCACAGUGGCUUCAGCAGGACGCUGCCUCAACGGCCGCCCUGCUGCCCCUCCUCGACACUUGGGAGAAAGAAGAAAUGGAAGCCCACGAGGAGACUUUUCAGCAGCCGCAACAAGGCCAGCAAGCGCAAGAAUAUCGCCAGGAAACCGCGUCUGCCUCCGCAGUGUCUUCCGUGGAGGAGCACCGCGCUUCUGUGGCGAAGCGUUUCCAUCACCAGGCAGCACUAGGCUCACAGCAGCCACCGCAGCAGCAAGAACCGGAAGGCAAUACGGCAGGAACAACCUAUUUGUUAGAGUCUCCUGCUGCAGCGCCGCGGAGCAUACAGUGCCGCCUUCGCAGGGGCCCCGACUUCCUCUACGUGUCUGCCGAGGUGCGGUGGCUCUCCGACUUCGGCAGCUGGCCCGCGGCUUGCUGUGACGCCCUGCUGAGACAGCUGCAGCUGCAGCGGCAGAGACAGCGCGAUGAGCUGAACUGGCACUUUAGUAUUCUCUGCGCGGAUGCCGCCGCUGCCGAGGAAGGACAGAAGACGCAGGAAGAGCAGCGGCAGCAGCGACGGAUCUGCAUGCUGGUGCUGAAGCAUCACCUCCUGCAGUACGAUCCCGCUUGGAUAGCUGAUUGGAUAGUCCUGUUCUUGCUGAGACUCUAUGCAGACGUCAUUCGCGGCCUUAACUCGGCAGACGAGGCACUCGGGAGGACGGCAGCAAGAGCAGUUGCCCCUCUGCUGGCCUUCGCAGAAGCCCCUCCUACCCCGGCUCAAUAUCUAACUGCCAAGCGCCGUCUGCACGAAGAGCAGCAGCAGCAGCAGCAGCAGCAGCAGUCGCACCCGUGCCAAGAGCAAGCAACCAAAGAGGAGCAGAGCGCGGCUGCUUAG